UCAAACCAAGCAACCAAAAGGAAAUCGAGAAAAGAUAUUGAGAGAGGAUUUAAUUUGACUGCUUGAGGCAAAGGCAAUGGCCGCUGCAUCAGCAUUUGGCGUCAUGGCGAUCGUCCUCCUUGUUGCCCUGUCGACCUCACCGGUCGUGUCGUCCCUUCGACCAGGCCUCGGCGUCUGCCGCGCCAGCGGCUACCUCCCUGGCCGAUCCGGCAACUGUGUGAAGAGCAACGACCCCGACUGCUGCGAGGACGGCAAGAGGUACCCGCAGUAUCGGUGCUCGCCGCCGGUCACCUCGAGCACGCCGGCCACGCUGACGCUCAACAGUUUCGAGAAAGGCAAGGACGGCGGCGGCCCGUCGGAGUGUGACAACUCGUACCACAGCGACGAGGAGAUGGUCGUCGCGCUCUCCACCGGCUGGUUCAGCAACAUGGCGCGUUGCGGCCACCGCAUCAAGAUCACCGCCAACGGCAACUCCGUGUACGCCAAGGUGGUCGACGAGUGCGACUCCGUGCACGGCUGCGACGACGAGCACAACUUCGAGGCUCCCUGCGACAACAACAUCGUCGACGCCUCGCCCGCGGUGUGGAACGCCCUGGGGCUCGACCAGAACACCGGCGAGCAGGACAUCACAUGGUCCGACGGCGACGAGUGAUCAUCCGUAUAUGUGUAUAUAUAUAGCUACAACAUCCGGUCUGGCUCGUUUGUGUUCGAUUUGUAUAUUUCUUGUCCAUUGGCUGGCUGUCUCCGGAUACGUAGCAUGAAUUCGUAUGGACUAGUUAUUCAUGUAUAAGCUCACGCCAUUUUCACGA